GGCGGUUUCUCUUGGAUCGCACAUAUAAAUACCUUCAACUCAAAGUUCUCCAUUUUUUCCUUAUUUUCUCCCAUUUCUUCUUCUUCUUCUUCCCCCAUAGAUCAAAUCAAAUCCAAUCAUUUUUGAAAGAGAGACGAGAGAUUUACAGAUCUACAGAAAUUCAAUCAAAUUCACAUAAAAUAAGAAAAAAUGGCGACAGUAUCACCAUUGGCGAAAUACAAGCUGGUCUUCUUAGGAGAUCAAUCAGUGGGGAAAACCAGCAUUAUUACUCGUUUUAUGUACGACAAAUUUGACACCACUUAUCAGGCUACGAUUGGAAUUGACUUUUUGUCAAAAACAAUGUACCUUGAAGAUCGCACUGUUCGUUUGCAGCUUUGGGACACUGCCGGGCAAGAGAGAUUUAGGAGUCUGAUACCUAGUUAUAUCAGGGACUCCUCUGUCGCUGUAAUUGUAUAUGAUGUAGCAAAUAGACAAUCAUUUUUGAACACUUCUAAGUGGAUUGAGGAGGUACGAACAGAAAGGGGAAGUGAUGUCAUUAUAGUCCUUGUUGGCAACAAAACCGACCUUGUGGAUAAGAGGCAAGUGUCCAUAGAGGAAGGAGAUAACAAGGCUAAAGAGUUCGGAGUGAUGUUUAUAGAAACUAGUGCAAAAGCAGGAUUCAAUAUCAAGCCUUUAUUCCGGAAAAUUGCAUCCGCCUUGCCGGGAAUGGAAACACUGUCUUCAACAAAACAAGAAGACAUGGUUGAUGUGAACCUUAAGCCUUCUGUCAAUUCAUCCCAGAAUGAGCAGAAAGGCGGCGGGUGUGCAUGUUAGAAAUUGUAUAACAGAGGUUGAAGCACUUUCCAUACUCAUUUACACCUAAUUGAUACAAAGUAAAAUGUGUUUAUAUGAAACUACUGUGACAAAGAAGUGCGCUACAGAAUGAUGCUCUUUGUUUCAUAUGCCGUCGAAUAGCGAUGGUGACAAAAAACCGCACAUCUAAUCCAAGAUGGUAAACCAGAAGCUUGGUGAUACCUUUUAUUUUUCCAAUGUUAUUCUUCUUUUUUUGAACUUUUGAUAUCUCUUUUUUCAUUGCACUGAACAAUUUCAUAGAGUGUAUUGUCACAAAACUCAGACGAAUAUUCCUAGCUUAUUGUUUAACGUUUUAUGGUUGUA